GACCUAAAGGUGUCCCCGCAGAACCCAGGACCCCACCGGGCCUCUCCUCGAGCACAGAGGUGAGGAGAAGGCGAGGCGGAGCGGCGGGCACGCUCGGCCGGGAGGCCUCCUGCCGUGGCGUGGACACGACCCUCGGUGGCGGCAUGAUCUGCUUCUGCCCAGAAUGUGGCAAGAGCAUUGAAGCCUCGUUCAAAUUCUGCCCUUACUGUGGGAAGCCCGUGCCUACAGAGGAGCAUGUGGAGCCCCAGAACCGUGUCAGGGCACGCGUGCAGCCCUGCCGAGGGUCCAGGACCGAGUCGAGCUCCAGUUCCCACCUCUCUCCCAAGAAAGUGAAGUGGUCCAGCCCUGGUACCUCGCCCCACGCCUCCCUCCUAUCAGACGGGGGCAAAUCCGUGUCUGAAGAUACUGAUGGCUCCUCAGAGAAACCCAAAGGGUCCCGGAGCAAAUCCCUGACUCCCAAGAGCAGCCCACAGGCGACUAGGCAGAGCCCUCAGACGGUGAAGCGGAGCCGGGUGACCGCAUCACUCAAGGCUUUGCCUGCGGGGACAGUGCUGACGGACAAGAAUGGGCAGCACUGGAAGCUAGGCGCCCUCCAGACCAAGGAUGACCAGGGCAUCCUCUAUGAAGCUGAGCCCACCUCUGGCCUCAAGAAUACCCAGCAACAUGGAUUCUCACUCAAACUGGAUGCCAAGGACGGACGCCUGUUCAACGAGCAGAACUUCUUCCAGCGGGCCGCCAAGCCUCUGCAAGUGAACAAGUGGAAGAAGUUGAGAUCAAACCCCCUCCUGGCAGUCCCCACCUGUGUGGGUUUUGGCAUUCACCAGGACAAGUACAGGUUCUUGGUGUUUCCCAGCCUGGGGAGGAGCCUCCAGGCGGCCCUAGAAGAUGCCCCACAGCAUGUGGUGUCGGACAGGUGUGUGCUGCAGGUGGCCUGCCGGCUGCUGGAUGCCCUGGAGUUCCUCCAUGAGAACGAGUACGUCCAUGGCAACGUGACGGCUGCGAGCGUCUUUGUGAGCCCACAUGACCUGAGCCAGGUGACCCUGGGGGGCUACGGCUUCACCUACCGCUACUGCCCAGAGGGCAGGCACGUGGCCUACGUGGAAGGCAGCAGGAGUCCACAUGAGGGGGACCUCGAGUUCAUUAGCAUGGAUCUGCACAAGGGCUGCGGGCCCUCCCGCCGCAGUGACCUGCAGGCCCUAGGCUACUGCAUGCUGAAGUGGCUGUACGGGGUCCUGCCGUGGACAAGCUGCCUGCCCAACACCGAGGAUAUCAUGAAGCAGAAACAGAAGUUUCUUGACAACCCGGAGAGCCUGGCAGGACUGCGUGGUCCCUUGAUCCGGCCCUCAGGUACAUCAGGAAGAGGGGUGCGCAUGGGACAGCGACCUGGUCCUCCUUCCUCAGGGAUCAUGUCAACCACAGAGGCCCUGCAGGAGUACCUAAAGGUGGUCAUGGCCCUCAAGUACGAGGAGAAGCCGCCCUAUGCCUCGCUGAGGAAGCAUCUGGAAGCUCCGCUGAAGGACCUGUGUGUGUCGCCCUAUGACCCCCUGGACCUCCCGAUGGUGCCAUAG